AUGGCAACAGCAAACAUUAGAGUACAAUGUUCUAUCUGUAAUAAAGGAAAUACAACAUAUAUUUGUCGUGGUUGUUCAAAAGAUUUUUGUUUUCAACAUUUAACAGAACAUCGCCAGAUUCUUCAAAGGCAAUUAGAUGAAAUUAUUAAUGAUCAUGAUCAAUUUCAACAAACAAUUAUUCAACAAAAACAAAAUCCACUAAAUUCUUCUUUAAUUCAACAAAUUAAUCAGUGGGAAAAAAAUUCAAUCCAUCAAAUUCAACAAACGGCACAACAAUGUCGAGAGACGCUGAUGAAACUAACACAAAAAUCGAUCAAUGAUGUGGAAAAAAAGUUUAUUGAGUUAUCUAAGAAAUUAAAAGAAAUUCAUGAAGAAAAUGAAUUUAAUGAAAUUGAUUUAAAUCAUUUUCAAUUAAAAUUAACAAAAAUUACAGAAGAAUUUCUUCAACCAUCGAAUAUUUCUAUUCGACAAGAUUCACAAGAAUUUAUCAAGAAAAUUUCAGUUAUUUCAUCAUUCGCACAAAUUCAAACAAAAGCGAAUAAAUUUCAACAAGUUGCAAGUACUGUUGCUGGGGGAAAUGGAGAUGGACAGGAAUUAAAUCAACUCUUUAAUCCUUGGGGGAUCUUAAUUGAUAAUGAUAACUCAAUUUAUACUGCUGAUUGCCAUAAUCAUCGUAUUGUUAAAUGGAAAUUAAAUUCAAAGACAGGUGAAAUCAUUGCAGGUGAAAAUAGAUAUGGAAAUGAAAAUAAUCAAUUGAAUAAUCCAAGAGAUAUAGUUUUUGAUGAAAAAAAUAAUUCUUUUAUUAUUUCUGAUAAUGAAAACAAUCGAGUAAUUCGCUAUUUUGAUAAGAAUCGAACAAAUCAACAAAUUAUUGUUUCCAAUAUUGAUUGUUGGGGCCUGACAAUCGAUAAAAAUGGAUUUAUUUAUGUUUCUGAUUGUGAGAAUAAUGAAGUACGACGAUGGAAACAAGGAGAUAAAAAAGGUGAAUUAGUUGCAGGUGGAAAUGGUAAAGGAAAUCAUCUUAAUCAACUCAAUGUCCCUACUUAUAUCUUUAUCGAUGAAGACUAUUCUCUUUAUAUAUCAGAUCUUUCGAAUCAUCGUGUAAUGAAAUGGGAAAAAGGUACAAAAGAGGGAAUUAUUGUUGCUGGUGGAAAUGGCCCAGGGUAUAGCCUCAAUCAAUUGUCUUAUCCUUUAGGAGUUAUUGUUGAUCAUUUAGGUCAAAUCUAUGUGGUAGAUCGUGAUAAUGCUCGAGUAAUGCGUUGGUGUGAAGGAGAUGAAGAAGGUGAAAUUGUUGUCGGUGGAAAUGGUCAAGGAAAUCAAUCAAAUCAAUUGGAUUGGCCUCAAGGUUUAUCAUUUGAUAAAGAAGAAAAUCUUUAUGUUGUUGAUUCUUGGAAUCAUCGAAUCCAAAAAUUUAAAAAACUUUGA